UGAAGAACAAAUAAAAAUAUUCAAAACUCAUAAAUCUAACUUGGCCAAACCCAAGUAUCUUUAUGAAAAUGCAAAUUCUUUGUUUAGUGUUAGUUCUAUCUUACAGCAUUGCAAAGAAACCCAAAUCUCGUGUCAAAGAUAGUAAUUGUGUUACCCUAAGAUUGUUAAGUGAAAAUGGAUAUUUUAAUUUCAGAAAGAUGAAAUAUUCAUUGGUUUACAUAGGGUUAAUCACCAUAGGGGUUAAAACACUCUAUAGAAAGGGUUUAGGUACAAAAUACCUUCAAACUCUUUUGGAUACAAGGCACCAAAAUGUGGUUCAAGCCUUAGGGUAUAUCAAAAUAGACCUAUCAGAAUAAGGGGGAUUUGCUUACUUUACUACCAAUUUUCAAAUGAAUAUAAAUGCCUUUAAGCAAUUUAUCAAUGUGGGAAUCAUGACCAAAGGUCGUUCGAUGAUUUAAGGAGAGAAGAACCUUUUACUCAUAAUGGCACUACCAAAUAUAAAGUAAGUAGUGAAGAAAUAUGCAAGAUAUAUGGGACAAAGGGAAUUAAGGCCAUUUAGGCCAAAAAUUUAGAUUCAACCUAUUUAAAUGGAACUAAAUGGAACAUCACUAGAUUCUUGAGUAAAUUCAUAAUGGCACCCAAUCCAAACACCUUGUAUCAAAAUUAUAAGGGAGAAAUGAAUCUAAGCUUUGAUGAUUAUGAAAAUAUUCUUCCUAGACAAAAAGAAAAUGACGAAAAUAUUGAAAUCAAGAUACCUAAUAACAUGUUUCGAGUGCAUGAUUGUGCCUUGGGCUUGGAUUAGAUACCUAAUAACAAGAUAAUGUCUAGGUUUAACAUCUUUUAGUUAUUAGAUCUAGCUUUGUAAUUCUUAAUUGACAUGUUAAUACUGCUCUUAACAGCCUGUUGUUGACAAUGUUCUUGGGCCAUUUUGAAUGCUGUAGGGUAGUUUUAGUGGAGACAUGGUAGCAUUUCCUGCAGCAAAUAAAAUUGGUAACAUCAAUAGACUUCAAGGCUCAAGCUUUCCCAGCUCAAUAUAAAUUGUGUUCUUUCUUUGUAAAGAUAAUCAUGCUUUAUUUUUGCCAAAACAUAUUUAGUUAUUAAUUUUGAGACAAUUUGUACAAUUAUUCAAAUAUUUGAAAAUGAAAAAUAUAAAUAGUGUCUUAUU